CCGGGCCGGGCCGGGCCGGGCUGGGCCGCGGCCAUGGCGCUGCUGAGACCCGCGGCGCUCGUGACAGCGGCGGGGGCCGCGGGCUGUGUGCGGCGGCUGGCGCAGGCCGCGCAGCCCUUCGCGGUGGAGCUGAAGGCCGGGAAGACGUACGCGUGGUGCGCCUGCGGCCACAGCAAGAAGCAGCCCUUCUGCGACGGCUCCCACCGGCACACGGCGCCCGGCGUCGCCCCGCUGCGCUUCACGCCCGACGCCGACCGGCGCGCCCGGCUCUGCGGCUGCAAACGCACCCGCUCGCCGCCCUACUGCGACGGCAGCCACGGGCGGGCGCCGCCGCCGCCGCCCCGCGGCCCGGACGGGGCCCCCGCCGCGCUGCCCCCGCGCUGCAGCUCCGCUCCUGCUGCCGCUGCUGCUGCGGGGGGUGACGGAGGCCCGCAAGCAACCGCAAAAGGAACAAAAUAAAAAAGAGGGGAAAAAAAUGAAAAUUAAAAAACCCGCGCGCCACGGGCUCGGGGGGGCCGCUUGUGCAGAGCCGGACGGGCGGCCGCGCGCGCACGCGCCAAGUCAGUGACAGUCUGCGGCGUUUAUUACAUUUACAAAGCUGUAUAGUUAUACAAAUGUUUAACCCAUAACGAUACGUGAAUAUCAGAAUAUAUUACAGGACAUUAAAACGUCGUACAGGAUGCAAA